GCAAAUCCGACAUGUUUAUUUUUAAAAAACAAAAAGCACACUUUAUAUCUUUCUUUCUUCUUCUUUCUUUGUUUAAUAAAAAUACAAAAAUAAAAUGGCCAAGAAAAUAUUAGGAAAGAAAGGUGCUGGAGAGAAAAUUAAAGCCAACCGUCCUAUCAGGGCUGAUUGGAAAGAAGGCGUGAAAAAGAAACAAGUGGGUGUUUCUGACAUGACCAUGUUGACAAAGAUUACAAACGAAGCCAUUAACGAGAACUUACAAAAAAGAUGGCAAAAUGCCGAGAUUUACACUUACAUUGGUCAUGUCCUCAUUAGUGUCAAUCCCUUUCGGGACUUGGGAAUCUAUACAGAUACUGUAUUACACAGUUACAAAGGAAAGAACCUGUUGGAGAUGCCUCCUCAUGUCUAUGCUAUCGCAGAAUCAUCCUAUCAUCAUAUGAAAAGUUAUAAGGAAAAUCAGUGUAUCAUUAUUAGUGGUGAAUCCGGUGCUGGUAAAACAGAGGCUGCAAAGAGAAUCAUGCAAUAUGUCGCUGCUGUUUCUGGAGACGGUCAAAACUCUUCAAUUAAAGAAAUCACCGAAAUGGUCUUGGCAACAAAUCCUUUGCUCGAAAGUUUUGGUUGUGCCAAAACACUUCGAAAUGAUAACUCCAGUCGUCAUGGUAAAUAUUUAGAAAUUCAAUUUAACUCUCAAGGUGAGCCUGUGGGUGCCGUCAUUACCAAUUAUCUGUUGGAAAAGAAUCGUGUGGUUGGUCAAAUCGAAAAUGAAAGAAACUUUCACAUCUUUUAUCAACUUACAAAAGCUGCACCUCCUGAAUACAGAGAAUCAUAUGGUCUCCAGGGUCCCGAAAGUUUCUUGUAUACCAGCAAAAGUAACUGUUUAGAUGUACCUGGUAUUAAUGAUGUUCAAGAUUUCCAAGAAACUUUGAAUGCAAUGGGUAUUAUUGGCUUGCAAAAACACGAACAAGACGAAAUCUUUAAAACAUUAUCAAUUAUUCUUUGGUUGGGUAAUAUUGUUUUUGUGGAGGAUGAUAGUGGAAAUGCCGUUAUUUCUGACGCGGAUGUUGCCAACUUCAUUGCUUAUUUGAUGGAAGUCGAUGGAGAACUUCUUUCAAAAUCAUUGACCAGCCGUGUCAUGGAAACUCAAAGAGGUGGCAGAAGAGGUAGUGUAUAUGAAGUACCCUUAAACGUCAAUCAAGCCAAUUCCGUACGUGAUGCACUUUCCAAAGCCAUGUACGAGCGAUUAUUCGAAUGGAUUGUCACCCGAGUCAAUGUCUCUCUUCAAGCACGUAGUGCACAUCAAUACACCAUGGGUGUGUUGGAUAUUUACGGUUUUGAGAUCUUUGAAGAGAACAGUUUCGAGCAGAUGUGUAUCAAUUACGUAAACGAGAAAUUACAACAAAUCUUUAUCGAGUUGACAUUAAAGGCAGAGCAAGAAGAAUACGUACGAGAACAGAUUGAAUGGACACCCAUCAAAUUUUUUAACAACAAGGUUGUAUGUGAUUUAAUUGAAGAAAAGAGACCUCCUGGAUUAUUUGCUGCUCUCAAUGACGCCUGUGCCACUGCACAUGCUGAUUCUGGCGCUGCAGAUAACUCAUUUGUUCAACGUUUGGGAUUUUUGUCCUCCAAUCCUCAUUUUGAAUCCAGAGGCUCUAAAUUUUUGAUUCGUCAUUACGCUGGUGAUGUGCUCUACAAUGUGGAAGGUAUGACGGAUAAAAACAAGGAUUCGCUUUUAAAGGAUUUAUUGAAUUUGGCUUCGGGAUCUCAAAAUCAAUUUAUCUCAUCCACCUUGUUCCCCGAACGUAUCGAUCCUAAUUCUAAGAAGAGACCUCCUACUGCUGGUGAUAAAAUCAAGUUAUCAUGUAAUACAUUGGUCACCAAAUUAAUGCAAUGUCACCCAAGUUAUGUUCGUACCAUCAAAUCCAAUGAUAACCGUAGUCCAUCUGAAUUCGACGAAAAGCGUGUACUUCAUCAAGUGCAGUACCUUGGUUUAUGUGAAAAUAUUCGUGUUCGAAGAGCCGGUUUUGCCUACAGAACUACAUUUGAUAAAUUUGUAGAGAGAUUCUAUUUAUUAUGUCCCGAUACUGGAUAUGCCGGUGAAUAUAUUUGGAAUGGAGAUGCCACCAGUGGUGCCUUAAAAAUUUUGACGCACAAUAAUAUUCCACGCGAGGAAUGGCAAAUGGGUACCAGCAAAGUAUUUAUUCGACAUCCCGAAACCAUCUUUGCGCUUGAGACAUUGCGUGAUAAGUACUGGCAUAAUAUGGCAACGCGUAUUCAAAGAGCAUGGCGGGCCCAUGUGCGAUACAAGAUUGAAUGUGCUAAAAAGAUUCAGCGUUUCUGGAGACAAAACAAGUAUAAUAUCGGAUAUCUUCAAAUGCGUGAUUAUGGUACUCAAAUGCUGGGUGGUCAAAAGGAAAGACGUAGAUAUUCCUUGGUGAGUAUGAGACGAUUCACAGGUGAUUAUUUGGAUAUCAAAUCCGGAUCAGGAUUAUCUACCAUGAUCAGAAACGCGAUUUCUAUUAAAGGAAAUGAAGAGGUUGUCUUCAGUAUGCGUGGUAAUACGCUCAUUCCAAGAGCAAUGCGAUCCAGUGUACCCAGUCCUAGAACUUUUGUCCUGACAAACCAAAACUUGCAUAUUGUCAUGGCUACAAAGCAAGGCAAGGUUUUAUCCAUGGUAGAUGAAAAGGUUAUUUCUUUAAACGUCAUCAACAGUAUAAGUGUAUCUACUCUUCAGGAUGAUUGGGUCAUUUUACACGUUGAUAAUUCACCUGACGGAGACACCAUUCUUUCUUGUACUUUCAAGACCGAAAUGCUCACACACAUGUUGCAACAAACAGGAGGUCGUAUCAAGGUCUCUGUUGCUCCUCAAAUUCAAUACAAGAAAAAGGGCGGAAAAUCAGUUACCAUGAAAUUCGUGAAGGAUGAAGCCGCAAUUCAUGAUGGUAUCUAUAAGAGUCACGUUGUCAAGAUUUGUUCUGGUGCUCCCGCUGGAAGUCAAUCCAAUCCUCCUUGUGCUGUCAAACCAAGACCCACUAAAAAUACAACGAGAAGAGCACCUGCAGCUAAAAAGACCAACAUUGUUCGUAGCGCACCUCGUCCAGCCGCAAACGCACGUCCUGCUCCUGCUGCCACGAACAACACUAUUCCCGCAUCCAACAUACGUCCUGUAUCCAACAAUAUGGGCAGAUCUGUUCCUCCUCCUCCUCCCCCACCCGCUCCUGUGGUUGCACCUCCACCUCCUGCCACACCCACUUUACCCCAAUACAAGGCCAUUUACCCCUUCCAAUCACAAGAAGCGGGAGAAAUUCAAUUUGAAAAGGGUGAUUUAUUAGAAAUCGAGCAAAAGGAUGAAAAUGGAUGGUGGUUAGCACGUAAAGAUGGUAUUGAAGGCUGGGUACCUAGUAAUUAUUUGGAAGAAUAUAUCCCACCUGUUGUAGUAUCUACACCUCCUCCUCCCCCUCCUCCUGCAAGAAGAGCUCCUCCUUCUGUACCUGUGCCAUCCAAAGCCGCUUCUUUUAGUCAGGCAAGUCCUGUCAGUAAUAGCAGUGUUCCUGCUUGGAAAGCAGAAUUAGAAGCACGUAAAGCGGGUGUCAUUCCUAAUAGUGGUGCAGUAUCGUCAUCAUCACCUGUUCCUGCUGCUAGAAGAGGCCCACCAGCUCCUGGACAAAAGCCUUUGAUUCCUUCUAACAAACCUGUAGUUCCUGCAAAACCCAUGGUUCCCUCUAGACCAGGUGUCGGUGCACCCAAACCUGCUCCUCGUGCUCCUCCUCGUGUUGGAGGUGGUGCCGACCCAUCAAACGCUGCUGCCUCUUUAGCGGAUGCUCUCAGGGCACGUAGAAAUCAAGCACCUUCACAUCAUGACGAUGAUGAUGAUGAAUGGUAAAAAUUUAUAGAGCAUAUUGUCAUUGCCAUUUUUAUAGGCAAUCUUUGUUUAAAAAUAAAACGAGUUUGUUGUAUGAUGAUGAUAGCG